AUGCACAAACAAAUGUGCGAACGCCAUGAUGUGUUGUUGCAGAAUGACGAUGGUUAGCUAGCGGAAAAAAAUAUGGUUAGCUAGCUAGCUGAACGUUAGUGUUCUGCGGCCGUGAAGUUAUUGGUUUUGUUUGAGACCAAGCCAGCUACCUCACCACAAAACGUCAUACAAGAUUAUAUGAAAUUGCAUUAUUCAUGCUGGCGUCAAGCACGUUAAAGGUAUUUGGAGGAAAAUAUCUGCAGUGGAACUCUAGGCCAAACACCCACCUUCCUCAUCAGCCUUUGGAUCUCCUCAGUGUGUAAAAAUGUAUCCUUUGAUAGUCGCCUGGCUGAAGGACUGAUCUACACGCUGGACUUCAAAGAUGGAGAGGAAACGCAGAAAGAAAUGAAAAGAUCAGGCCGUGUGCAAUGAAGACAUCUGUGAGCUUUGGGCACGAACUGCUCUGUUGAUGGAUGAUUGCCAUAUCAGCAUUAUUUUUUGUCUUGUCAUAUGUUAAACAAUUGCCCCUGGCUGCUAGGAAGCCUGCUCUGGGCUUGGAGGGAUAAAGACUAUUUCUGAUGGGUGGUGAACAGAAAAUAACUGCUUGGACCAUGACCCUGGUGCGUAUAUGUUUCUCGCUACUAGUGGCCCUGCUAUGUGGCAGGUUGCCUCUAGUGGGGACAGAGGGAGGAGAUGGGACCGCAUCCACCUCCACUUCAUCUCCCAACCCUGAUGGGAAUCACAGUUCCAACUGCUCAAGUCUCACUGUGAAGCUGGAAUUCUCCACCAAAGUAGUUGAACAUGAAUACAUUGUGGCGUUUAAUGGCUACUUUACAGCCAAGGCACGCAGCCACUUCAUCAACAGUGCUCUGAAGAGCUCCGAGGCCCUGGACUGGCGCAUUGUGCCCCGGAAGAACCCAGCCAGUGACUUCCCUAGUGACUUUGAGGUGGUGCAGAUCCGCCAGGCCUCUCACAGCAGCCUGCUCACCCUGGAGGACCACCCUUACAUCAAGAGGGUCACUCCCCAGCGCAAGGUGUUCCGCACACUCAAUUAUACACCCGACUUGCCGGAUCCUGGGGCAACCUGCAACAACGACACCCGCUGGACCCAAAAGUGGCAGUCGUGGCAGUCGUCCCGUCCGCUGCGCCGGACCAGCCUGUCUCUGGCCUUCGGCUUCUGGCACGCCACGGGCCGCCACUCCAGCCGGAGGCUUUUGAGGGCCAUCCCCCGACACGUGGCCCAGAUAUUGCAGGCAGAUGUCCUCUGGCAGAUGGGAUACACCGGUUCUGGGGUGAAGGUGGCUGUUUUUGACACAGGACUCAGUGAGAAACAUCCACAUUUUAAGAAUGUGAAGGAGAGAACCAACUGGACCAAUGAAAAGACACUUGAUGAUGGGCUGGGUCAUGGUACCUUUGUAGCAGGGGUCAUUGCCAGCAUGAGAGAGUGUCAGGGCUUUGCCCCAGACUCUGAGCUUCACAUCUUCAGAGUGUUCACCAACAAUCAGGUGUCAUACACCUCUUGGUUCUUGGAUGCUUUUAACUAUGCCAUUCUGAAGAAGAUUGAUGUCUUAAACCUCAGCAUCGGCGGUCCAGACUUCAUGGACCACCCCUUUGUUGAUAAGGUUUGGGAGCUGACUGCUAACAGGGUUAUCAUGGUCUCUGCCAUUGGGAACGAUGGGCCACUUUAUGGCACCCUCAACAACCCAGCGGAUCAGAUGGAUGUGAUUGGGGUCGGUGGGAUUGAUUUUGAGGACAACAUUGCCAGGUUCUCCUCCCGGGGGAUGACCACUUGGGAGCUGCCUGGGGGGUAUGGCAGAGUGAAGCCUGACAUCGUGACCUAUGGCUCUGGGGUGAGGGGCUCAGGAAUGAAGGAGGGCUGUCGCUCUCUCUCAGGGACUAGCGUAGCGUCACCUGUGGUGGCAGGAGCUGUGACUCUACUGGUGAGCACGGUGUUGAACAGAGAGCUGGUGAACCCAGCCAGUAUGAAGCAGGCUCUGAUCGCCUCAGCACGGAGGCUCCCUGGAGUCAACAUGUUUGAACAGGGCCACGGAAAACUGGACCUCAUCAGAGCCUACCAGAUCCUCAACAGCUACAAACCCCAGGCCAGUCUCAGUCCCAGCUACAUCGACCUGACUGAGUGCCCCUACAUGUGGCCCUACUGCUCCCAGCCCAUCUACUACGGUGGCAUGCCCACCAUCGUCAACGUCACCAUCCUCAAUGGCAUGGGUGUGACUGGCAGGAUUUUGGACAAGCCCAUCUGGCAGCCUUACCUACCGCAGAAUGGUGACCACAUUGAUGUGGCAGUCUCCUAUUCGCCAGUCCUCUGGCCCUGGGCUGGAUAUCUGGCCGUCUCCAUCUCUGUCGCCAAGAAAGCUGCAUCAUGGGAAGGGAUUGCCCAGGGUCAUGUGAUGGUAACCGUGGCCUCGCCUGCUGGGAAUAAUUCUGAGGUGGGUGGGGAGAUGACCUCUACGGUUAAACUGCCAGUCAAGGUGAAAAUAGUCCCCACUCCUCCUCGUAGUAAGAGGGUUCUGUGGGACCAGUACCACAACCUGCGCUAUCCACCUGGCUACUUCCCUCGCGAUAACUUGCGCAUGAAGAAUGACCCAUUGGACUGGAAUGGAGAUCACAUUCACACCAACUUCAGGGACAUGUACCAGCACCUGAGGAGUAUGGGUUAUUUUGUGGAGGUCCUGGGUGCACCCAUCACCUGCUUUGAUGCUAGUCAAUAUGGGACAUUCAUGAUGGUGGACAGUGAAGAGGAGUACUUUCCUGAGGAGAUAACCAAGCUGCGGCGAGACAUUGAUAAGGGACUGUCUCUCAUUGUCUUCAGUGACUGGUACAACACCUCUGUCAUGAGGAAAGUCAAGUUCUAUGAUGAAAACACCAGGCAAUGGUGGAUGCCAGACACAGGGGGCGCCAAUGUGCCAGCUCUGAAUGACCUGAUCUCUGUAUGGGGGAUGGCCUUCAGUGAUGGGCUCUAUGAGGGAGACUUCACCAUGGCAGACCAUGACAUGUAUUAUGCAUCAGGGUGCAGUAUUGCAAAGUUUCCAGAGGAUGGGAUUGUGAUUGCCAAGACCCUAAAGGAUCAAGGGUUGGAGGUCUUGAAGCAGGAGACUGCGGUUGUGGAGGGUGUUCCCAUACUGGGAAUGUACCAAACACCAUCUGAAGGGGGAGGUCGGAUAGCCCUUUAUGGAGACUCAAACUGUAUAGAUGACAGUCACAGGCAGAAAGACUGCUUCUGGCUGCUGGAUGCUCUUCUGCAGUAUACCUCCUACAGCAUGACUCCUCCCAGCCUCAUCCACUCCAACAGCAGGGUGACUCCUCCCACUGGCACCGACCGUCCCUUGCCAGAGAGACUGGAGGGUAAUCACCUAUAUCGCUACUCAAAGGUAUUAGAAGCUCAUUUGGGAGACCCAAAGCCCCGCCCACUCCCUGCCUGCCCUCACCUGUCAUGGUCCAAGCCACAGCCACUCAAUGAGACUGCACCCAGUAACCUAUGGAAGCACCAGAAGCUGCUAUCUAUUGACAUGGACAAAGUGGUGCUGCCUAACGUCAGAAACUAUAGACCCCAGGUCCGGCCUUUGUCCCCUGGGGAGAGUGGAGCCUGGGAUAUCCCUGGAGGUAUAAUGCCAGGCCGCUACAACCAGGAAGUGGGCCAGACCAUCCCCAUGUUUGCCUUCCUGGGAGCCAUGGUUGUGUUGUCCUUCUUUGUGGUGCAGCUCACCAAAUCCAAGAACAAGCCCAAACGACGGAAACCAAGAGUCAAACGUCCAACGUACCUCCAGCAGCAACAGCAGCAACAACUGGCACCAACAGGCAAAAACCCUACAGUGUGAGGCUGCCUUCCCAACCACCACAGACUAUUGGGCCACAGCACACAAGGCCCAGAACUCUGGAAGACUAGCCUCCACUGAGGUGUUGACUGCAUGUGUGCUUCUGCCUUUCAGUUGGGGCUGGUAGAUGGCUGAUUUAAUGAGCAGUGUUUGUCUGACUUUGAAAUAUGCAGCCCAAUAUGCAGCCCACAAAACAGACAAGGAUGUUUCCCACAGGACCUCACCUCUUUCGCCUCUACUUUUCACAAGAGCUUUUCAUUCCACUGACCAAAUGGAGUUUGAAUGAAACGUGUCUGUCCACUUUUUGUAUUUAUUGAAUCUGUGCGUCAUCCCCUGAUUGGUUUCAUCUUCCUCAAGGUCUUUUAAAGUCAGAUUAGAUGAACUGGAUUGAAAACAAAUUCUGAUGUUUUGAAAUACUUAUUUGGAUCUUGCUUUUUUCUCUUUCUGUUCAGGUGAUUAUGGGUUGCUUAAUUUGUUAAUUCUUUGUUUUUAUAUUUUAUAUAAUGAGCCCUGGUGAGGCAUUCUGUUGAAGUCCAACUGUCAUUGAAGUAGCUUUGGCAAACUUUUUCAAAUAUAUCAUCAAUUAAAAAGCGUUAGCCUUGGG